AUUUUACUUUAUAAUAUACCUCGUAUAUUUCGGUAGAAUCUUCGGUACAAGGACAACAUCUACAGAAGGUCAACAUGACUGUCUAUUUCAAAUAUUUACAUGUUCCAAAGAAAUUUUAAAUUAACGAUCUCGUCUAAAAUAUGACCUAACAGCUUCAUUACAAAUUCUAAAUUACAACCUGCAGCGAUGAGCGAAUAUGAUUUAAUAAUUGCGAUUGGUGGUGAAUUUGGUUCGUUGGUCCGCAUAAGAAAUUUUCCCAGUUUUUGCACAAGACCCCCCGGAUUGGGUAGACUGCUCGUUCAAGAGUUACUGCCGAAUUUCUGGGAAUUAAUCUCAAUCUGGACGACCAAAGUGGAUAAGGCACAGUUAGUCCUUAUAGUUCACAUAAACAAUUAGUCCUGAGCAGUUGAUUAGGUAUUAAAUCUUUCAUUGAUAUUCGUCGGCGGUGCAAGCAAAGAAUUUGGAAAACACAAAGCACCUGUUUUAGAAAUUAUCCCCAGAAGCAAGGUGUGAAGUGCAGGUAUAUUUACAUACGAGCUGUAAUUAGUAUAUGGAGUUGUUUAUGCCAGAACACAGUGUAAAUAAAAGUUUACAGCUGGUGAUAAGAGAUAUUUAAAUAGAGCUGAUAAGUGGGUGACGUAGCGGUGGCGGCUAUUUUCGAAUAGGUGCUACUAGAUGGUCGAUAGAAAUUAGGUAAGUGUGAUGACUAAUGUUAAAAAUUGUUGAUAGAUUUCUCUAAUGUAACCUUUAAGCUAUAGUCGAGAAAUUUGCGUAAUCUACGACCGCGCGUUAAGGAUGUGACUAGAAUGGUGGGUGUGGGCGUGGAGCGACCAUGGGAAUUGUUAUUGCGUCAUUCAUUAGAUAUACUCGAUUUCAAUUCGUUAUAGAAUGUAGUACAACAUUCGUAUUUUAGUGUGAAAUAAGUUAAAAUUUAAUUGCCAUUAUACACAUUCUUCUAAAGUUCAGCGUGGUAGUUUGUGCGCGUAUCGCUUCCGUGUUCUGGGGGAAAACUGAUUAAAACUAAACAGGAUACGGAAUGAAGGAUCAAAGAUAACAAUAAAAUGGUUAAUUUUGAUCCAAAAUAAUUUCGAAAAAUAUGAGUUUGGACGAAUCCGACUCCUAUCGAGAGUUUGAACUCUAUUUGGAACAAGUAAACGAUGAAAUUAUGCGAGUGUUUGAAGAUUGUAAGUUGCCCUACAAUCUACAACAACAUGACGCACAACUCGUCAAAAACAAGUACAUCGAUUCAGAGAAGACAUUUCAGUGGGACUCUACUGCGGAUUCCAUUAAUUGCAUCAGCAAACUUAGCAGUGAAACUCAAUCUGAUGACAGUAAUGAAGAAGUCGUUACCAGUAACACUACUUGCUCUUGUAACGAUUUAAAUUCGAACACGUGGUUAGACAAUGGCGCAUCGCAUAGUACCUGUACACAUUUUCCAUCUCUUCCUAAUGUGUACGUUAGCAAAUGUGUGGAUCCUGCCGGAAACAUUGUACAGUGUGGAAAUGACAAGCAUUCGAAAUCUAUGGAUGACUUGCCAACCUCAUCGUGGCUCUAUGCCGAAAACAAUUUCAAUGAUGAUCAUUUACCGGCUACUACUAUGCUCAAGAAGGUGAAUAAACAAACCUGCUCACAGUUGGAUCGACGAGUGGCCGAAAUUGAAGCCAUGGAAGCAUGUAAGUGGUUAAGAGCGGCGGGUUUUCCACAAUAUGCCCAAAUGUAUGAAGAAAUGCAGUUUCCCGUGGAUGUGGGUGCUGCCCAAAGAGAUCAUCCGUUUUUGGAACCCGCUGUUUUACAGUCCCUUUUUCGCCGUUUACACGCACUUAAUCGCUGCGCGAGAGUUUGCCAACAACCUUGUGCACGUCCAGAUGAUUCGGAAGAUGAACAGUGUGCUCUUAGUAACAAUUGGACUUAUCAGAGUGACUUACGAAGAUGGUCCCGCACUGGUGAAGUUGAACCUUCAAAUGGGGAACAAAUUGAAAAUAAUGCCACAUCACUAAUAUACGCUAGUCCAGAAAAUAAAAGUAGGAAAAAUAGCUUGGCCAUAAUGCAUUUAGGCAAAUAUGAAGUUAAUAGUAAAUCUACUGAAGAAAGUUCGUUUCUACGAAGAACAGCUACAACUAGAUUUCGCCAUCACCGAGAAGGUGUCGUUGUAAGUGAUGUCAGUUCUGUUAGUUCUGUAUCCGACAUUCUCUUAAAACGAUUGGGAAGCAUAAGAUACACUGAAGAAACGAUUCAUCCCGAUUUCGACUUAUCUAACACAGUAGUUGGUGAAGGUCCUGAAGAUGAAGAUGAAACUUUUGAGGAGAGCAACUUGGAUUCGAAUAAUGUCUCAAACAACGAUUGUGUUUUUUGGAAUAGUGUGCAAAGUAUUGAAUCUGUCACAGAUGGCAAAUCACAGGUACAACAAGACGGGCGACCCUUAUUUAGUUUAUCAUGUGGUCAAUUACAAGUGCUUAGAAAGUUAGCCUUAUUGAAAUUAACGGCGCAUAUAGAAAAAUAUUGUCCAUCACACAGAACGGGCUGGAAUUGGGAAUUACCUAAAUUCAUUAAAAAAAUAAGAACUCCCAUGUAUAAAGAUAGUCAUAGUCAGCUUUUAAGUAUACCCCUUACCGCAGUACUACAAAGGACUGGCCAACCCCUUCCGCGUGGCAUACAAGAAUCACUAGAAUGGUUGCAUCAAAACGGCUGCGACCAGGUUGGUUUGUUCCGAAAACCUGGUGUUCGAUCUCGUAUACAGGCACUAAAAGUAAUGGUUGAAGUGAAAGGAGAAAAUAUCAACUUUAAUGAGCAACAGGCGUACGACGUUGCCGACAUGAUUAAGCAAUAUUUUAGGGAAUUGCCUGAAGCAGUGCUUACGAACAAGUUGUCAGAGACUUUUAUAUUGAUUUUUCAAUAUGUUCCUCCGUAUCUGCGUAAAGAAGCGGUGCGCUGCACUCUACUACUGAUGCCAGAUGAACAUCGUGAAGUGUUGCAAACGAUAUUGUAUUAUCUUUUAAAAAUAGCCAAAUGUGCAGAUGUAAACCAAAUGAAUGAAAACAACUUGGCCAUUUGUUUUGCGCCGUCUCUCUUUCAGUAUAACAGUCAUUCUUCAUUUUGCAAGCAGAGUUCUCCAAAUCAACGGGAAUUAAUUGAUGUUAAGGCUGCGCAGGAAUGUCUCCUGUUUUUAAUGAAGAAUAACGGCAACAUAUUUGAUGUACCGCGAGAGUUCCUAAAUCAAUGUAAAUCACAUGGCAUGAAUGACAGUAUCGCCGUGCAAUUAUCAGAUCUGGGUACAUCUCUGGAAGGAGGGUGGGUUUCAUAUAUGCAGGAAUGUCAAUCUGCCUUGUUACGUGAAGUUAAAGAGAAAAAUAGGGGAUGGAUUGUUGUAUCUUCAGCUUAUCCUAAAAUAGAAUUAUCUUAUAAGAAGGUUGAAGAUGGUUAUCCUUUGCGGUUGUGGAAAGUUUGCGCAGAUAUCGAAGCUCCGCCAACUGAAGUUGUACACCGAAUAUUGCGCGAACGUCACAUUUGGGAUGACGAUCUGCAUUCGGCCAAAAUUAUUGCCCAAAUGAAUAAAAAUUCUGAGGUAUUUCAUUAUGUACGAAGAAACGUCCCUCCAUUACCUCAUAUAGAUUAUUGUGUCAUUCGAACUUGGAAUACAGUUUUACCGCGAGGGACUUGUGCCGUUGUGGAAACAUCUGUGGAACACCCUGACAUUCCUAAUAUUCCAAACACCGUACGAGGUAUUGUUCUAGCUUCCCGUUAUUUGAUUGAGCCUGGUGGUUCUGGUAGAUCUCGAUAUUUGCAUCUUUCUCGGGUGGAUACAAGGGGUCGAAUGCCGGAAUGGAAUCACAAAAAUUUUGGACACCUUAAUGUCAUACAUGCAGCUCAUAUCCAAAGUUCCUUUCGCCAAAGUACCAGUGGUCCUGAAAGCAAAGUUUAAAUAUACCAAAGAUCUGUACCAUCUACAAUCAUUUGUAAGACAAAACUCAUUUCACAUUUUUUAUUUUUAUCAUUUUCUAGUCAUUGUAAUAUCGGUGCUUUAUAUAUUGUAAGGCAUUUAUGGUGUACUCAAAUUGUUCAAGUUUAAAUACACUAAUAUAUUUUACCAAAAA